AUGGGCCACUUCACACUCCUCUUCCUCCUGUCCUUUUCUCUCAGCGUGCUUGCCACUCAUGAUCCGGUGCUCCUCCCACGGCAGCACUUUCUGAUCCCAGUGCAGACCUCAGACACGGUAACAAUCCCCACCGAAACCAACGUCGAAGCAAUAGCGUGCGCCUCGACCUUUUCCUCCCUCUCCGGCAGUUUCCCCACGGAGCCGCCCCGCGUCGAGGCGUUUUACAUUUCGGCCCUACUCGACGAAGGAUUCCUAUCCGUCCACCCACGCAUCACCGAGUUGAUCUCCUCGGCUGAAAUGUACAUGCGAGUGAUAAGCUCGACAACGAUCACGGACCCCAACAAGUUCUCCAAGCCCUGCUCCGUUGUGAUGGAACUCCAGACAGUGAUCCGCGAUGCGGUACCAACGGGUGUCACCAGCGACGAGCUGGUUGCUUAUGAUAAGGAGUUGACGUCUUGGAUUAAGGAACACAACAGCGUGGUCACCGAGUUUGCUGGGCAAUGCGGUGGCGUCGAUGAAAGUCAAGCAGCACAUGCCCUUGCGUUUGCGAUUACGGGAAUGGAAGAGUGCAAGACUGCCUUUGCGGUGGCGUAUGGGGUGAUUAAUCCGGCCACGAUGACGGACUGGACAUCCACGGCCGGUGGGGCGAGGGCCUGGGAGACGGGGCUGGUGAAGGAGGUUGCUGCUGUUGUUGGGGGUGUUGCCGUAAUGGGAUGGUUCUUGUGA